GGAUGGCGGAAUGGGACUACGACUACCUGAUCAAGCUGCUGGCUCUGGGUGACUCCGGGGUGGGCAAGACCACCUUCCUCUACAGGUACACCGACAACAAGUUCAACCGCAAGUUCACGACCACCGUGGGCAUCGACUUCAGGGAAAAGAGAGUGGUGUACACGGGGAAAGACGCUGAUGGAGCCACUGAGAAGAACUUCAGAGUCCACCUUCAGCUUUGGGACACAGCAGGUCAAGAGAGGUUUCGCAGCCUCACCACAGCCUUCUUCAGAGAUGCCAUGGGCUUCCUUCUAAUGUUCGACCUGACCAACCAGCAGAGUUUCCUUAACGUGAGGAACUGGAUGAGUCAGCUCCAGGCCAACGCGUACUGCGACAGCCCGGAUGUGGUCCUGGUGGGCACCAAGGCGGACCUCAGGGACCUGAGGGAUGUUCACGCCAGGCAGGCCAGAGAUCUGGCAGACAGAUACGGCAUCCCAUACUUUGAGACGAGUGCCAUGACGGGCGUGGACGUGGACCGGGCGGUGACCACGCUGCUGGGGCUGGUGAUGAAGAGGAUGGAGCAGAGCACGUACGGCGGCCACGGGUCCGAACCCAACGGGAGCGUGACCGCCAGUCAGGAGGUGGAGGAGGCCCAGGUCAGGAGGAGGUGUGCCUGCUGA